UAAUUUGCUCCAUCUCCAAGCAAGAAGGAACUUCUUGAUUUUCUAUUCCAUAAUGGAGGUUGAGAAUAAAGAAAUCCUAGACAAUGAACCAAAUUCGGUUAAGCUUAAAUAUGUGAAGCUAGGUUACCACUACUUAGUCUCCAACGCCAUGUAUCUUUUCCUCGUGCCACUUACUAUAGCUUCCACUUAUCUUUCUGUCGAACUCAUCCAUUUGUUCAAUUAUCUUAAGUUCAAUCUCCUGUCAGUUACACUAUGCACUGCGCUUGCAGUUUUCCUUGCAACCCUUCACCUCAUGCGUCGUGCUAAACAAGUUUACUUGUUGAAUUUCGUAUGUUACAAGCCCGAACCAGGUCUAAUGUGCAGCCAAGAAGCUUUUAUGGAAGCAACUAAGCUUAAUAGGAGUUUCUUUGAAGAAAGUUUGGCGUUUCAAAAGAAGAUUUUGGAGAAGUCAGGGUAUGGCCCGAAGACAUAUGUCUCCAAAUCACUCUUAGAUGUUCCAAUGAACCAAACUUUCGAGGAAGCGAGGAAGGAAGCGGAGAUGGUGAUGUUUGGAGCAAUUGACAAGUUGUUAGCAAAAACAAGGGUAAAUGUUAAGGAUAUAGGGAUUCUUAUUGUGAAUUCUAGUCUUUUCAAUCCAACACCAUCCUUAUCAGCCAUGGUUGUGAAUCGCUACAAGCUUAGAGGGAAUAUUUUGAGCUAUAACCUUGGUGGGAUGGGCUGCAGUGCUGGACUUAUUUCAAUAGACCUAGCCAAGCAGUUGUUACAGGUGCAACCUAACUCCUAUGCACUAAUAGUAAGCAUGGAAAGCAUGACUCUCAACUGGUAUCGCGGCAAUAGCCGAUCAAUGCUCCUCUCAAAUUGCCUAUUACGUCUAGGAGCAGCUGCAAUCCUCUUAUCAAACCGAUCAUCGGAUCGCCGUCAUUCAAAAUACCAACUCAUUCAUACUCUACGUACUCACAAAGGUGCAGAUGAUAAAUGUUACAAUUGUGUUAUUCAAAAGGAAGACAUGGACAAAGAACUUGGCGUUUCAAUCUCCAAAGAUAUAUUGACAGUGGCUGGUGAAACCCUUAAAAACAACAUCACAACAUUAGGGCCAUUAGUCCUUCCCUUAUCGGAACAAAUCCUAUUUUUUGUGAAUUUAGUUGGAAGAAAGAUAUUUAAAAUGAAGAUAAAACAAUACGUUCCAGAUUUUAAGUUGGCUUUCGAGCACUUUUGUAUACAUGCAGGGGGGAGGGCAGUGUUAGAUGAACUAGAGAAGAACCUUGGGCUGAGUGAAUGGCAUAUGGAGCCCUCAAGAAUGACCCUUUAUAGGUUUGGGAAUACUUCUAGUAGUUCCUUAUGGUAUGAACUAGCUUAUUCUGAGGCCAAAGGGAGGAUCAAGAAAGGUGAUCGGGUGUGGCAGAUUGCUUUUGGAUCAGGAUUCAAGUGUAAUAGUGCUGUGUGGCAUGCAUUGCGAACCAUCAAUCCGAAAUAUGAGAAGAAUAAUCCUUGGAUUGACGAAAUUGAUAAAUUUCCCGUUUAUGUUCCCAAAGUGGCAGCCAUCGUUUCUUAAGACUUCUUUAAAAUAAAAAGAAUGAAGAAAUAAAAAAGACUUCUUCUAGGUAGAAGAACAUUCACAAAUGUUUGUGUGUUUUUCUUUUGCUUUGGAAUUUGCAUGUCCAUGAUCUAUAAAACAUGAAUAAAUGUCUAUGUAUUAGC